GCCAUUGAUUAUUAUUCCUAAGGAAAAUGAAGAUAAUUAUAUAUUUUUGCAUUUGGGCAGCAACAUGGGCCAUUCCAGUUCCUCAAAUCAAACCACUGGAGAGAUAUGCUAUUGAAAAAUCUGUGAAUUUACAUCUUCUAGAAAAAUCAAAAGUGCCACUACAGAAUGAGCUGGAUGCCAAUGACACCACGGGAGAGCAUGGUUUUUCUCCGCAUGAAGGAGAAUUAAGACAGCAGCCUACCAAAGACAGUUGCACAGGGGAAGGGACAGGCUGUGAGUGGGCACACGGAGGAGGGAGUGACCCCUCCUCCACACAUCCUACUUCAGGAAAUGAAGAGCAGGGUGCUGAGGAGGAAAGUGGUGGUGCAGGAGAGCAGGAAACCUAUGAUCGUGCCGGGGUACACAGAGAAGAGGAUAACAGCACAGCAAAUGGCAUCAGGGGACAAGAAAACACGAUCAGCAGAGCUGCAGCAGUGAAUGAGAGCAACAGUGAUGGACAUACUGACCAGAACACACAGACGGGGGACACUGGCAAUGCAGGCCAGGACGAGGGUGCCACUGUUGCCCCAGAAAGUGGACCUCCAGCAGCUGGAAGCAAUAAUAACAUAGGUGGUGAUGAUGAAACAGGCGGGAAUGGGGGGGAUCCAAGUGGGACCACAGCUCAGAGAGAAGGCGAGGGGAACGGGAAUCAGGCGGCUGAGGCGGCACCAGGCAAUGGAAAAGAUGCUGCCCUGGAGGGCUCUGAUGGGAGCCCUAGUGGGGACGGAGCUGAUGAUGAAGACAAGGGAUCUGGUGACGGUGAGGGUGGAGAAGUAGGGAACGGGAGAGAGGGUAGUGAUAACAGCAGGGGCCAGGAAGGCCAGUCUCCUGGAAAAGAAGGUGACAACAGCAUAGGUCAGAGUUCAGUUAGCACUGAGGAUAAGAACUCUGAAGAAACGGGAGAGCUCCACAAGGACACAGAUGAAGACAGUACCUCUAAUAGCCAGGAGGAUUCAGAUGGUGCUCCCACAAAUGAUGGCAGCCCCAAAACAGAACCCAGUGACAGAAAAAGCGACGGUGUUGAAAACGGAGUCACCCAAGAGAUAGGCCCAAGUGCUACUGGAAAGAUUCAAGAUAAGACAAUGGACGUGGAAGGUCCUAGCAGUGGCAGCAGGAGUAACGCCACCGAAGAAACUGUGGAAAUCAGUGGAGACAAAGACAGUAAGGGACCCCACGGCGUGAGCAGGGGAGACAUCAAGACCCACGGAGAGGAGGACGGCACAGCGGGACCAGGCCCAAAGCCGGUGCCUGGAGACAAAGUGGGGCCCAGUACGGCACGCAGCGGCAGCAACAGUGACGGCUACAACAGCUAUGAUCUCGAUGACACAUCCAUGCAAGGGGACGAUCCCGACAGCAGCGAUGAGUCUCAUGGGAGUGACGGCUCAGACUCCGAAGGGGAUGAUGGCGGCAGCAGCCGGGGAGAUGACGCGCACACCUCUGAUGAAUCCACAGAUGGCGGUGACGACAGCGACUCGGAGGGGGGCGAUGACGACGGCAGUGACAGCACAUCUGAUGCUAGUGAUGGUGACAGCCAUGGCGGUGGUGACAGCGAGAGUGAGGACAGCGACGAGUCAGACAGCAACGAUGAGUCAGACGGCGGCGAUGGUGGUGACAGCAGUGACAGUGGAGCCGACAGCAGCGAUGGCAGCGACAGCGACAGCAAAUCAGACAGCAGCGACAGCAGCGACAGCGACAGCAGUGAUAGUGACAGCGACAGCAGCGACAGCAAAUCAGACAGCAGCGACAGCAGCGACAGUGACAGCAGUGACAGCAGCGACAGCAGCGACAGCAGUGACAGCAGUGACAGCAGCGAUAGCAGCGACAGCAGCGACAGCAGUGAUAGCAGUGACAGCAGCGACAGCGACAGCAGUGAUAGCAGUGACAGCAGCGACAGUGACAGCAGUAACAGCAGCGACAGCAGCGACAGCGACAGCAGCGACAGCGACAGCAGUGAUAGCAGUGAUAGCAGUGACAGCAGCGACAGCGACAGCAGUGACAGCGACAGCAGUGAUAGCAGUGAUAGCAGUGACAGCAGCGACAGUGACAGCAGUAACAGCAGCGACAGCAGCGACAGCGACAGCAGCGACAGCGACAGCAGUGAUAGCAGUGAUAGCAGUGACAGCAGCGACAGCGACAGCAGCGACAGCAGCGAUGACAGCGACAGCAGCGAUAGCAGCGACAGCAGUGAUAGCAGCGACAGCAGCGAUAGCAGCGACAGCAGCGACAGUGACAGCAGUGAUAGCAGUGAUAGUGAUAGCAGUGACAGCAGCGACAGCAGCGAUGACAGCGACAGCAGCGAUAGCAGCGACAGCAGCGAUAACAGCGACAGCAGCGACAGUGACAGCAGUGAUAGCAGUGAUAGUGAUAGCAGUGACAGCAGCGACAGCAGCGAUGACAGCGACAGCAGCGAUAGCAGCGACAGCAGCGAUAACAGCGACAGCAGCGACAGUGACAGCAGUGAUAGCAGUGAUAGUGAUAGCAGUGACAGCAGCGACAGCAGCGAUGACAGCGACAGCAGCGACAGUGACGGCAGCGACGGCAGCGACGACAGCAGCGACGGCGAAGAUGACACGUCUGACAGCAGUGAUGAGAGUGACAGCCAGAGCGAGCCUGGUAAUAGCAACAGCAAUGGAGGUGACAGUGGCAGUGAGGGCAGCGAGGGCAGUGACAGUAACCACUCAACCAGUGACGACUAGGACAGAGAAACGUGGAAAGGGACAGGAGACGCCGACUCCCGAGGAGAGAACUACCGGAAGCCGUGCAGACACCGCAGAGACAGUCAAGGACCCAGCGAGCCUGCCGGGCUGGCUGGGGGCCGAGCCCAAGUCCCUCAGAGAGAACCCGAAA